AUGAACACCGCUCUCAGCACCCGCGCCUGGCGGCAUGCCUACCCAGCCAUCCACCGAGAGCUGGCAAGAGAUGGACAAGCACGCGACUGGUUGGAAGUGCUCUACUGGAACAAAGCGCCGGCGAAGAGCAACGCGCAAGCGUUGCAGUCCGGCCACAGCCUUAAAACAGAGGAGGGCAACUACGGCCGCUCCAUGAUGGAGUCUCCCUUUCAGACCAUGGCCGAGCGGGAGGAGUUCUGGCGGGUGAGCAUGGACUGGCAUCGCGUGCUGGAGUUUGCAUCUGCCUGGGAGGACGGCCGUAUGCACCCCAGUGUUCGCGCGGAGAUGGUAGCGCAGCAAGAGAAGCAGGCGCUCCAGCGCUGGUCGUCGCUCGCGAUGGUGGACCUCAAGGCAGAGUUCAGGCGACUCGCUGGACGGCCGGACGCCGAGUAUCGUGGCAAGCAAGAAGAAAGCCUCGAGGCUGUGAUGCAGCGACGGCUGCGCGUGCUAGUUGUUAUGGCUACCGGCACUGGCAAGAGUAUGCUGUUUAUGCUGCCCGCGUCCGUCUCGCCAGGCGGCGUCUCCGUGGUCGUGGCUCCGUUGAAUGCCUUGCGAGACGAUCUGCAAGAUCGCUGCGACCAGCUCGGCAUCCCCUGCGCGAAGUGGGAUGGAAGAAGACCGCCGUACUGGGCUCGUAUUGUGCUGGUGACGCCUAAGAGCGCAGUCACGAAGGCGUUCGGCAGGUUUAUUGACGAAAAGCGCAUGCUCCAUCAGCUAGAUCGUAUCGUGAUAGACGAGUGCCACGUGCUGCUGGAGUUGACACAGGACUGGCGGCCAGACCUCCUCAAGAUGGUGGAGAUGACGGAGAAGGGCACACAGGUUGUCUACCUGACUGCAACCUUGCCGCCCACGCUGCAGCCCGCCUUCUUGCACACCGCAGGGCUCGAUGCCCAGACCGUAACCAUAUGCCGCGAUGAACGCACCACGCAAACGAACAUUGCGUACCAGGUGCUAGAGUACACACAUGGCACGCUAGAAAAAGUACUUAUUGAGCUUGUGGCUGCGAAGAGGAGUAGGUACGGACCCAAGGCGCAGAUCAUCGUCUAUUGUCCAACUGUGGACGAGACGAAACGGCUUGCGAAGCUUCUGCAGUGCUCUGCAUACUACCGUCAGAUGGGCUCAGACGAGGAAAAGGCACGCAUGGUGCGAAGCUUCACCCUGGGCAUAGAGAAGCUUUGUACAGCCACGAACAUGCUGGGUCUUAGGCUCGACGCUGCAGGCGUCCGGGUGGUGAUCCACGUUGCCAUGUGUCCCCUGCUGCUCCAAUAUGUGCAAGAGAGCGGCCGGGCGGGACGAACGGGGCUCAACAGCGAGUCUAUUGUUAUAAGAGCGUGCUAUGUAACAAAAGAGGGGAGGGUAGAGAAGGCGCUCGGCUACAAGCUGGAGCGACCUGCAAAGGAGUUUAUGACAGUCGAAUCCUGUCAGCGAAUUGCGAUAGACAAGCACAUGGACGGCAGACAGAACAGGCAGCAAUGCGAGAUGGGAGAGUCGAAGUGUGAUCUAUGCGAGCGACACCCCGGUGGUACCAAGCGACAAGCCGUCGAAGAAGAGCAGGAAGAGCCAGAGGAGACGCAGGCCGACACCGCGGCGGUGGCAGCAGAGGAGCAGCGCAGAUGUAUAGAGCGAGCUAUAGUCGUUAAAGAGCGGAGGGUUAAGAUCCGGCAAUGGCGAAGGACGGAACAAAAAGUAUAUGACCUGGAGCGGCUAGAGCAGCACUUCCAGCGCUGGAGCAAUGCGUGCGCCAUCUGCAUGGCCACUCAGGCUGACCCGGCGCGCCACGACUGGAAGGACUGUUCAAAGGCCAGCGGAGCGCAGAUGACAUUAAUGGAGUCUAAGGUGAAAUCUAUGCACUAA